UUGCCAGAAGUGCAGGAAUUCCAGAGUGAGUGCUGCUCAGAGUUUGGUUACAGCGGAACUGUUCCCCUAUCAUCCAGCAGCGUGUUUGUGAGAGACUUCCGCGGGGACUCGGGUGCAUCAUGUGGGCUCGGUUGCUGGCUGGGGUCGGGGGCUCGGGGCUCGGGCUGCGGGCUUCCAGGGACCACCGGGGUCUGCUGCGGGUCGGGGGAGCUGCAUGUGCGGGGAGGAGGCAGGCUUCAAGCGGAGAAGAAGCCUUGAAGAAGACCCCGCUGUUUGACUUCCACAGGGAGCAGGGGGGGAAGAUGGUGGGGUUUGCAGGCUGGAGUAUGCCUGUUCAGUACAAAGACAGUCACAUCGCCUCUCACAUGCACACCAGAGAGCACUGCUCCAUCUUCGAUGUCAGCCACAUGCUGCAGACCAAAGUCCACGGCAAAGACAGGGUGAAGUUCAUGGAGUCUCUAGUCGUUGGAGAUAUUGCAGAGCUCAAGGACAACCAGGGCACACUGUCCCUCUUCACCACGGAGAAAGGAGGGAUUAUUGAUGACCUCAUCGUGACGAGGACAGACCAGGGCUACCUCUACGUCGUGUCCAACGCGGGCUGCGCCGACAAGGACUCGGCUCGUAUGAAGGCCAGGCUGGCAGAGUUCAAAGCUGCAGGUCUUGAUGUGGAUAUGGAGUUCCUCGAUGAAGCACUUAUUGCUGUGCAAGGUCCGUCCAUGGCUCAGGUGCUCCAGCAGGGCCUGAAAGAGGACCUCAGUAAGCUGACCUUCAUGAACUCCGCAUUGGCCACUGUGUUCGGUAUCUCCGGCUGUAGGGUCACCCGCUGUGGAUACACCGGAGAGGACGGGGUGGAGAUCUCCGUCCCGGCCUCCAGAGUGGUGGAGCUGACGGAGAAGCUGCUGUCUCACAGCGAGGUGAAGCUGGCGGGGCUGGGCUCCAGGGACAGUCUGCGGCUGGAGGCGGGGCUUUGUCUCUAUGGCAACGACAUAGAUGAGACCACCACACCUGUGGAAGGCACGCUGGUCUGGACCAUUGGUAAGCGGCGGCGUCAGACAAAGGAUUUCCCUGGUGCUGACAUCAUUGUUCCUCAGAUAAAAGCCAAGACAGCAAGGAAGAGAGUCGGUUUGGUGUCCACCGGCCCCCCCGUCAGACAACACACACCUAUACUCAGCCCCGAUGGAAAAGUCAUAGGUGAGGUGACCAGCGGCUGCCCCUCUCCAUGCUUAAAAAAGAACAUUGCCAUGGGUUACGUGGAUUCGGCAUUUGCUAAGAACGGAACAGCCAUCCAGGUUGAGGUCAGGAAAAAAGCUGUGCCCGCCACCGUCAGCAAGAUGCCCUUCGUCCCCACCAACUACUAUUCUGGAUAGGAGAGACACACACA